AUGGAUCCCGAUCGCUCCUCGGUUCCCGUCAUCGCCACCCUCCCGAUGGGCGGCGGCGCGGUGACCGGCCCGGGAGCGGGCGUGCUGCACGUGCAGUGGGGAUUGGGCAACGAGCUGCGCGUGUCGCGCGUGCGGGGAACCGAGCCGUCGGGAACCGGCGCGACGCCCACGGAAGAAUCGGAUGAGAUAUCGAGCGGAGCGGCGUACGUCGUGCAGUGGGCAUGCGUCACCGGUGCGCACAGGGAACUCGCCGAGGAGACCCUCCCGCACUUCGAGCAGCUCAAGGAGCGCGUCGCCCUCGCGAUGCACCGCGGCGAAGGCCCCGACGGCGUCGCCGCCGCGUCUGUAGAUGCGGCGUCGAGGUUCGCCAGAUCCGUCGCGAACACGCUCGACGCCAAGGUUGAAACGCUCGAGGCGGCGUCGGCAGCGACGGGCGAGCGAACCGCGGACCUCGAGCACGUCUCCUUAGCGCGCGCCGCGUGGCAACUCGCGGCGGUGUACUUCGUCGAGCCCGGGGAGGGCACCGGCGUGGUGACGGAGCGGCUGGUGGAGUGGUACCGGCGAAACGGCGCGGCGCUCAACUUUGGCGGCGCCGGCGCGCUCCCGGUGCGACUCCGCGCGCUCAUCGACGGCGUCGCGGAGGCUGGCGACCGGCCGGAGACCGCGGGUGGGUUCUGGGACUGCCUCGCGGGGCUCGUCGCGAUGGGAUGGAGCGACGCGGCGGCGGAUUUGGUCGCCCUGCACUCGUGCUGGGCGGAGUGGCGGCAGGGCAUGGCCGCCGCCCGGCCCGCCGCCGAGUUGCUCGAGGCUGUCGUCGCCCUGAUCAGGACCGCGCCGCGCAUGGCCACCGCGGACGAUACGCCCCCCAACACGGGUGACGGUUCGUAUCCCCCCUCCGCCGCCACGUCGCUCCCGCAGUUCCAGGCGUUCAGGGAGGCGUGGACGCGACAGGUGCGCGACGUGUUAUCCGACCAUUCGCUCUUUGACGCCGUGACCGACGACGCCACGUCGGAUGGCGCCAGGUGGUCACUGGAAGUCCUCGCGGGAGACGAAACGGCGCUCGCGCGCGCGUGCCGGGGCGGGUGGCUCGAGCUCAUGAUCGCGUCCGCGCGUCACCAGUACCCGAACCUGCGAGCCGCCGAGCACGCGUCGUUGGCUGAACGGUGCGUCGGUAUAACCGGCGCGGGGGAGUCGCCCGAGCUGGACGAACUCCUCGGCGCGAUCAUCGCCGGCGACGCGUCGCGCACGACGGACGUGUGCGCGAGGUACUUCUCCCCGUGGUUCAUCGCGCACCUCGCGCAGAUGCUCGCGGCGGCGGCGGGGGGUCCCGCGGUGGCGUACGAGUACGGCGGCGGUGAGAGGAUGGGUUCCCGUUCGGCGUCCUCGAUCGCCGCGGAGUCGCACGUGAUGACCUACUGCGCGUCGCUCGCGACGAGGGCCAACACCCGACACCUGGCGCUCAGGUACCUCCCCCACUGCGCCGACCGGGGCGCGGGCGCCGCCGCGCAGAUCCUGCGACGGGAGCGCCCGCCGCCGGGGAGCCUCCCGCCCGACCCCGGCCGCUCGGACGCCGAGGAGGACCCCGACGUCGCGUUCGCCAAGACCCUGCGGUCGCUGGAGCUGUGCGCCGACGCCGGGCUCGUGGAUGUCGGCCUCGGGGUGGCCCGAGCCGCCGCCGCAGACGCCCGCGCGAGGGGCGACGAGACGGGCGCCGUCGCGUGGUUGCAUCGCGCGGGUGACGUCGCGGGCGUCGCCGCGCUCGCGCUCGAGCAGCUCCCCACGCCCCACGUCGCGUCCGCGGACCCGUCGGGUGCGGCGUUAGCCCUCGUGAGGCUCGCGAUGGGGCACCCCGGGGCGGCGGAGGCGGCGGCCGAGAUGAACGCGGAUGGCGCUCGGGCGGAUGGCGCUUGGGCGGAUGGCGAGUGGCGAUCGGCGGGCGCGACGGCGGCGCCGGGGCCCGCGGGCUUUCUCGACGCGCUCGCGGCGCUCCGCGGCGCGCUCACCGAGCUCGCACGCGCGGGGACCACCGCGAGCGACGCGGCGGGCGCCAAGCGCGCCGUCGGGAGCGCGGCGGUGUCGGCGGCGGCGAGGCGAGCGGGGGGUAAGCUCGUGGCGCUUUUAGGACACUCCGCCGGCCAAUCGCACCUCUGGACCGAGGCGCUGUUUCACGCCGUACCGUUGCUCGAGGGUGCGCACGCGUCGCUGACGGCGAAAGAGAUCCAGCUGUGCAUGGCGAGGCUGGAGCAGGUGAGCGGCGCGGGGACGGUCACGAAGGGUGACUUGCUUCGCGCGGAUGUCGAGGUCGUGAAUGACGAACGCGAUUUGCGCGCGGCGGCGGCGAGGACCGCGCUGGCGAGGGCGUACGCGCGGGCGUGCGUGAGUGGGGCGGGGGGCGGCCGAGGGAUCGUGGCGCGAUGA